UUACCACGCUCCCGUGAAGAUAAGACGUUGCCGCCCAACUGCUUCUUCAGCAACAGUUGGACAUCAACGAAAAUCAUUUUCAAGAAUUUAUUUCGGAAUCGGUUAUUAGUACGUCCAUUUGACAACCUGUAGUCAUGGCUUCGACCUGGAUAUACAUCACGCUGACGAUGUUGCUGUGUGUGGAGUCGGGAGAGUCAAGGACGUUUCGAGCUGCAGUUCUUGAACAUGCACUGCACCUUCCCAACACAACUUCAGUCGUAUCCAGGCAACAAGCACUGGCUUAUGUUGAGCCUAAUCUGGCCGAAUUCGAACGCCAAGCUGCAAUCGCUCGUUCACAGAGUGUUGAUAUUCUGGUCACACCCGAAGAUGGAAUAUACGGCAUGCGGUAUAAAAGAACAACAAUAAGACCGUAUAUGGAAACAAUCCCAGACCCAAGGCACGUGACGUGGAACCCGUGUACCGCCCCCGCAGACAUACCCAACGUCGACGUCCAACGACGUCUGAGCUGCAUGGCCCGUCACAACGCGCUCUACCUGGUAGCCAACUACGGUGAUAUACAACCCUGCUCUGUCCGAAACGACCCAAACUGCCCUCCCGAUGGCCACUACCAAUACAACACGGACAUUGUGUUCGACCCGAACGGUACACUCAUCGCGAGAUACCACAAAAAGCAUCUCUUCUUUGAAUACCAGUUUGACGAACCUACUGAAGCAGAGAACGUCGUGUUUGAGACGCCGUUUGGCAGAUUUGGCGUCUUCACCUGCUUUGACAUUAUGUUUGAGAAGCCAGCAAUAUCUCUCAUUGAAGACCUCAGUGUGGGCAACAUCGUGUUCCCUACAGCGUGGAUGGACGCCCUUCCCCUCCUGGCCGCGGUGCAAUUCCACUCAGGAUUCGCCAUGGGGAUGGGCGUGAACUUCCUGGCCGCAAACAUCCAUCGGCCCGGGGACAGGUUUCACGGCAGUGGUAUUUACACGCCAGAUGGCGCUGCGGUAUACUACUACAAUGACACCAUCGGGACUGGAGGCGGUAAACUCCUUAUUGAAGACAUCGAUAUUAUGGAUAAAGCUGCACGUCGUCGUGUCGAGGACCAACCCAAACCAGACUCGAAGAUGCUCAGCGCGGAUCAGUUUGAGUUUAAGUCCUACCUUUUCAAUGAUCUGUUUAACUUUGUAUCCCUCCGAGAUCCUCACGCUGACGAAAUCAAGGUCUGCCACAACGCUCUCUGUUGUCACGCUACGUACACGGCCGACCUUAAUGAAGGUGACAUGUAUGCUCUCGGCGCAUUUGAUGGUCUUCACACAUACGAGGGACAAUAUUACCUUCAAAUAUGUACAAUGCUUAAAUGUGCCAAUUCAUCCUAUUCAAGCUGUGGUACACCAACAUUUGAUGCCAGCUCCAUCUUCUCCAACAUUGACAUCCGGGGCACAUUCAGCACACCCUUCAUCUUCCCGAAAGUGCUAAUGUCAGACAACGGAAGUCUCGCCUUAGCGCAGACGCAGUUGAGUUUCAAGAACGGAAGUCUCGUCACAAAGAAUCCCCUGGAUCUCCCGUUGUUGUCUGCGACUCUGUUUGGACGGAAGUAUAGUUGGGACAACGGUAACGACUACGACAAGGCGUCUGGUUGCUGCGGUCGCGACGGCAUUCUACUUACUAUCUACCUGUCCCUGGUCUUAACACUGUUUCUUAAAUGAAGAUUACACGUGACACCUGAUUGAGGCUUCGAUUCAAGAAUCUUAUCCAAAAUCGAACGCUACAUCUCUCCCUAUUGUCGUAAACCAAACCGACGACGUUUGACUUGUUUCAUUGCUAAAGAAUCAUCAAUACAAUGUAAGCGAAUUUGUUUCUUGUUUUUAGAAUGAACAUUCUUCUGCUGCAUAAAAUGCAUUUGAUAUGGGAGUGAUACAGUCUGAUUGGUAGUUUGAAAGUUUGUCGAAGUUUGCCUUUGGCGCUAAAGAUCAGCAUAAAUUAAAAUAUUUUGUUCGACUGCAAGUAUAGUCAGACUUAAUUCUGACAUUGAAUUAAUUCAAGUUAUGAAAACGCCCGAGAUCAAUGCACUUUGUUUGUUGAUUUAGAGGAGGGAAUUAUCUCCAAAAGAUUAACUAAAUUGAAAGUUUUUGGUCACAAAAAAAUAAAAUGGCAAUAUAACCAGGGACAUGUAACGUUUGUUAAUAAAAACCCAUUUGCACUGGCAUUCUAACCUUGGUGCCAUUACAAUCAGGGCAUUUUGCACUGCGGAUAUCCGUUCUUGGAAAAAUACAUGGCAUUGUAAGCAGGGACCUAACAAACAGGUAGGACUGUAUCUAGACUAAUAACUGGAUUACAAUUUCAAUAUAUAAACUGUUAAUACAAAAUUGAUAGCAUCCCUUUUAUUAAGUGGAAUACUUCUAUUUGUAAUAUGUCUGCUGCGUGUCAAAAUAGUAUUUCAUGUACUCAAUAUAUGUUGCUUUCAAAUUAAAACUAGUUUCUCUCAUGCGGGUGCGUGUGAGUGUGAGUGUGCGUAUUCUUGUCUGUUCAUGUUCGUCUGAGUAAUGGUACCAGACAGUUUCUCAUGUUUUUGUAAAGUGCAUUCAGACUUGCAGAUGUGUAUGUGAUGCGUUGAUGAUAUUACACAAGAAUAUGCGUAUGAUUAGUUGUCAAUUAGACAGUAUGGUGAAUGAAGUAUGCUUUAUGUACUGAAGUGUCAUUACAACCCUUGUCUUCAUCAACUGAUCAUGAGAUGUAGAUAACCUACCGCAACCUCUGUACUAUAGUCUCGUGUUGCCUUUUAGCCAAGAUUUUAUUGGAUUAAUACGUUGCAAGGUUGUGGGUAUUUGUGAAUUUAUCAUUAAAAACUGGCUCCCACAAGAGACAUCGCUUGGGUGACAUCAAGCGAUAUCCACAUUGUAGAUAUCGCUGCAAUGAAAUUGCAUCACGAUGCUUUGGAGACCAUUGUUACGUCAUUGGUUACCAUGACGUCAGAUUCAAAUGACAACACUCACGGCUCUGCCACUGAAACUGUAAGCAGUAUUUUUUACACUUUUUACUUAUUACAGUCUACACACUGUUAAAAUUGGACAAAUGAUGUUGGAUGAUAAAUAAAAUCUCACCCGAGUAUCUUUUGAUAUCAAAUAUAUCAAUUCUCGUUCAUAUCUGUGAUAUCAAAAGACACUCGGGUGAGAUUCUCCAUGUCUUAGACAUUAAUCGACAACAUUUUUGUCAUUGUGAUUGGAAGGGAAUUCUUUUUAAUACAUUUGUAUAA